UUUCACAUCUCGCGAUGCGCGGCGAGGCUCGACUGCGCUUCAGCAAAUCUUGCCGAAUUUGGGACCGAAUGUUGCGAAUCCUCGACGCUUGACGCCCCUGAUCGCGACUUUCGUGGCCGAAAAACGUCACUCGUGCCAUCUUCGCGUCCGGUUGGAGUCGUCUCGUGCACCUUGAAGCUCCUCGGCCUAGCCUAGCCUAGCUUAGCUUAGCAUGCUAACAAAGAGACGCGUUGGUGAUCGACACUUCGCUAAGCAGAAAUCAAGCGGCAGAGCGGAAAGUGAACAUGUGUGCGAGACGGACGGCGGAGUACGACGAGGAACUUUGGGGCCCGAAAGAGGAGGAGGAGGAGCCAAAAGGUCAACGACCGGACGCUGGGUUCGAUCUGCGGCCUCCAACUGUGCCACGCAGAGCAGACAUUACUGAAGAUCUUCGUACUGAGCGGCAGGAGCCGGAGCCCCCUCACAUUAAAGCGAAAGUGGAGGACGAAGAGGAGCCCAUUUCAAUUAAAAAAGAGGAGGAGGAAGCGCGCCCCCACAUCAAACAGGAAGUGGAGGAGGACAUCAAGUUUCCAUCGACUGGUCUCCCUUUGAAGAGUGAAGAUGGUCAAAGUGAGGAGAGCAGAGGGGCGGACGCUCAAAGCUGCAGCUCAAGUCAACACAUGACAACAGAAGGUGAUGGAGAAGACCACUGUGGAGGAUCACAAGCAGCCCGUCUCGUAGCUCCACUAUCAGGCAGGGACGAGAUGACGUCAGACUCUCCUCACACUGAUGAUGAUGGACAGUCUGAAGGUGAUAUGACAUGUCACGCUGACAACAAACAAUGGAAAUGUUCUCAGUGUGGGAACGCAUUUGGAAGUAAGACCAUUUUGAAAUGCCAUGUGAGAACACACACUGGAGCAAAACCUUUUUCCUGCUCAGUUUGUGGUCAAAGAUUCUCUGUGAAGGGAAAAUUACAAAUACACACAAGAACACACACUGGUGAGAAACCCUUUUCCUGCUCAGUUUGUGGUCAAAGAUUCUCUGUGAAAGAGAGCUUAAAAUUACACACAAGAACACACACAGGUGAGAAACCUUUUCCCUGUUCUGUUUGUGGUCAAAGAUUCUCUGUGAAGGGAAAAUUAAAAAUACACACAAGAACACACACUGGUGAGAAACCUUUUUCCUGCACAGUUUGUGGCCGAAGAUUCUCUGAAAAGGGAAGUCUAAUAAAACACACAAGAACCCACACGAGUGAGAAACCUUUUUCCUGCUCAGUUUGUGGUCAAAGAUUCUCUGUGAAGGGAAACUUAAAAAGUCACACAAGAACCCACACUGGUGAGAAACCUUUUUCCUGUUCAGUCUGUGGUCAAAGAUUCUCUGAAAAGGGAAACUUAAAAAAACACACAAGAACCCACACUGGUGAGAAACCUUUUUCCUGCUCCGUUUGUGGUCAAAGAUUCUCUGAAAAGGGAAGUUUAAUCAAACACACAAGAACCCACACUGGUGAGAAACCUUAUUCCUGCUCAGUUUGUGGUCAAAGAUUCUCCGUGAAGGAACACUUAAAAAUACACACAAGAACCCACACCGGUGAGAAACCUUAUUCCUGCUCAGUUUGUGGUCAAAGAUUCUCUGAAAAGGGAAAGUUAAAAGUACACACAAGAACCCACACUGGUGAGAAACCUUUUUCUUGCUCAGUUUGUGAUCAAAGAUUCUCUGAAAAGGGAAGUUUAAUCAAACACACAAGAACCCACACUGGUGAGAAACCUUUUUCCUGCACAGUGUGCGGUCAAAGAUUCUCUGAAAAGGGAAGUUUAAUAAAACACACAAGCACUCACACUGGUGAGAAACCUUUUUCCUGCUCAGAUUGUGGCCGAAGAUUCACUCGGAAGGGAUACUUAAAAAUACACACAAGAACCCACACUGGUGAGAAACCUUUUUCCUGCUCAGUUUGUGGCCAGAGAUUCUCUUAUAAGUAUCAGGCUAAGACACACAAGUGUGCCGGUGAGAAUAGCAGCGAUCAAGAAGAAGAAGAAGAAGAAGAAGAAUCACCUUUAUUGUCAUGAACAUGGAUGCAUGCACAUGAGAUUUGUUCUCUGCAUUUUACCCAUCACAGUGAACACACACACUUGUUAGUGUAACACACUGGCGCAGGGGGUAGCAAAGCGCCCGGGGGGGGGGGGGCAGUUCGAUAGCCACGUCGUUCCGCAGGAAGUAAUUAUACAUCAGCUCAAUUAUUAAUUGAUUGCACCAAAAAUGUGCAUAUAGUAUAUGUGUGUAUAUAUGUAUGUAUAGCUCACAAAGGUGUUUCUGUAGGUGGCAUUGUGUGACAGACGUGGACUUUGGCUGGGUGUCAUACCCAGACGAGGGUCUCGCGGCUGAACGCGUUACGUCGCUUAAUGUCCUGAAACUGCAGCUGAUCUGAUUUGAUCUCUUCUGAUCCAUAAAAUCUCAAAUAUCGGGCUGAUCGUUGUAAUGUUUCCAGAGGUUGAAGCCGCCAAGAAUAAAGGCGUCCGCAUAAAUUUGGGUGAUUGUUGACAGUUUUGGGACAUGAAGCCACGUUUCUUGGGUUCCAUGCGUGAGGCUUGCAAAGGACGUGGCACUCGCCAACCGUGUUUAUGAUUUGAAUGAUGACGUUGACACUGUGGAGGAUCACACGCAGACGGCCUCUUUGCUCCAGAUAGUGAUGACAUGACGUCGCAGUCCUCCAGUGUGCUGGUGAGAAUCUCAGUGGUCAAGAAGCUUGAAUUGAAAUUGUUUAUCUUCGUUGUCUUUUGUCGUAGUACCGGUGAUGCCAAGAAUUUAGUGAUGACCAUAUCAAAUGAAUGAAUGAUUGAACAACACCGUGGCAUUAAAGCAAGCAGCGUUGACCUUUUGUGGUAAACUGUAAACUGUAUAUGUGAUCCAUAAUAAAAUACACUUCUUCAAAAAGUUGAGAGUAACUCAAUUUGCUUGUAUGUCAAAUCCAUUUCCCCCAUUUCAGCGGGACGGGACGAGGACGCCCGGGUAGUUCGACAGUGGGCCCCAUUUACUAGUAUCAAGUUAGCCACGAAGUCAUGUCUCCGGUGAAAGUUUACAAAACUAUCCGUCGUAAAAUGAUGAGUGA